AUGAAAAAUCGACGAAAAAAUGGCCCGCACGGGCAGGAUGAAGAAAUGGCUUACAAACUUUCUGAAGCAGAAAAAAUCAAGCUCAAGAAAUUGAAAGAAUCGGAAGCGAAAGAUCGACACCUGGCAAAAGUGAUCAUGGAGCAAGAUUUCAAUAAGUACAACCAGAAAUAUGAAAACAGAAAUAGCAGGAGGGUGGAUGAAGAGGAUCUACUGGCGAUUCAGCAGAUUGAAAUUGACAGGGGCAAUUACAACAGUACAGAAGGACAGUAUAUCGCGCCGAGAAAUAUAAGUCAUGAAAAACAACCGAGGCAGCAAGGGAAGAGUUACAGUAAUCAUUCUAAGCCACCGAGGUCCAAACAUUUGCCCAAGAACUCGAAAGAACGAUCUGAGAGAGAUCGAAGAAAAGAUCAGAAAAGACCGCAAAAUGUAAAUGGUGGUCGAAAAGCUGAAAAUAUUUCGAAAGAGUUCAGAAGCCCAAGAAGAGAAUACAAAGCUCCUGCACAGUAUCAAUCGAGACCAGAAGCUGCUGUUGCUUAUUUUCCUGUAGAAGCGGCAAAUAGAAGAAGAGAUAGUGAUGGGGGACAGUCGACAGAGUCUUUCGGAGAGUUUUACAAUCCAAAAGAAAGAUCUCCUAUGAGAAGGGUAAAAAGCUUGGAUUCUAUACUUGAUUCGGAAUCAGUUUGCGCCGAUGGUCCAGGAAUGACUGUGAGAAUCAAACCAGGUGUCUACCAAAAGACACCAGCUGUUCAACUCGCCGAGCGCGAAGCUCAAAGGCACAAGAAGCAUCAAAAAGACGUUCGUCGAGAGCAGCGUGCUCGUCAGCAAAUGUCUCAAGCUCAGGCAAAAUCUCGUCGAGCUCAUCCCCUUCCUCCAAAAGCGCAGAAUACCAAGCAAGCCCGCCAACCUGGGAACCCCCAACGAGGCCAGAACCCGCAACCAGAUGUCCAUCAAAUGCUCUAUGGAAAGGCACCAAGCCGGAAACCGAAGAAAAAGCAAUCUAGUGACUGUUCCCUUAUGUAG